AUGCCAGUGAAAUAUGUUGUUAUUGACAGAAACAUGGGAAACUGUUGCAUGCAGGUUAAUUAGAACCUGCAAAAAGUUAAUGGUCAACCUAAAACAAUGUUACUACAAGGACUUGGGUCAAACAGCUUUUCAAAUCACAAAGAUUUGCAUGAGAGCAACCCAAAGACCAAUCCGGAGGAAGCCAACAGACAUGAAACCCAGGCAGAGGAUGGUGACCGUUUUGAAGACUCCUCUGUUUUAAAUCAGGAUAGACUGGAACAGAAGACAAACAAACCCAAUGGCUCUUCUGCCAAUGUGGAAGAGAGACAGAAUGAAGUGACUACUAUAUUCUGCUUGACAAAAAAUGAAAAAGAAUUUUAUGUUCCAAGUGAUGAAUCUUGCUCAGCAAGUGUAGCCACACACCAGAAAGGGAAGCAUGCAGUGGAAAUCAAAGAAGAAUGUACACAUAAAAGUCACAGAAGAAUUUCUGAGACACAUGACAUGAAGGCAUUUCUGACCCACCAAGCUGUUUGUGAAAACUGUGAAGUGAACUUGCCUGGUUUUAGCAACUCUUCAGCUAUGGAGUUAACUGUAGAUAAUGAGGAGGACAUGUAUCGUGAUGCAGAAGAAAUAGAGAGAGAAAAAGUAUUACUUGUUUGUGAGACAGGCUUCACAGAAAAUAAGCUAAGUGUUGCACCUGAAAUGGAUAUCGUGGAGUACUGCCAAAAAGAGUGGAGAGGAAAUACACCAAUGGCAAAACUUAUGAAAAAGGGAUAUGAAGCAGUUUCUCAGAAAUUUGCCUGUAUAAGGAGAGUAAGAGGUGAUAACUAUUGUGCUCUCAGAGCAACGCUAUUCCAGGCACUGAGCCAAGCUACUGAACAGCCUAACUGGCUCCAGUCAGAGGACUUAAUGCUGCUUCCUGAAAAGCUGCUGAGCAAAUAUGACUGGAUCAAAGACUGGCAGCACAGAGGAAAACUGGGGAGAAAGAUGAGAGGAAUUGGUGAUGAAAUUAAGGAAUAUUUAGGACUACUAAGGAAGAAGUGGAAGAGUAUAAGUGAAAUGAAGACACCCAUGGAGAAGCAAGGUGCUUGCAAUGAAUUGUUUAAAAACGAAGAGGAGGAAUAUUGCCUUUAUGAAGCUGUGAAAUUUUUGAUGCUGAAUACAGCCAUUGAAUUGUACAAUGAUAAUAAAGAAGGAAAGAAUGUACCUGUGUUCUCAUGGCUAUUGUUUGCUCGGGAUACAUCCAGCAAUCCUAAGCAGUUAAUGAAUAAUCACUUGAAUAACAUUGGUCACACUGGAGGCCUGGAACAGGUGGAAAUGUUUCUUCUUGCAUAUGCUCUGCGACAUACCAUCAAAGUUUAUAGACUAUAUAAAUACAGCACUGAUGAAUUCAUCACACAUUAUCCUAAUGACCCAGAGGAAGACUGGCCUGUAGUGACUCUUAUAACUGAAGAUGACAGACAUUAUAAUAUUCCAGUUGGAAUGUGUGAGGAGACUGCCUUGUAAACAUUAUUUUGGCAGGCUGGCAAAUUUUGGAUGAUCAGAUUUCCAGUACUAUUUAAAAAAAAAAAA